AUGCUCUGGAAAAACAAGCUCAUCCUUUGGCUCACAUUAUUUUCUGCGCACACGACCAACAUUAGCACCCAUGAUGCGGUGGCUGCUGGGUCUUCGUACCUCCUGGGAGUCGGCAUUGGGGAUGUUACAGGCCCCAUUGUCGAGACAAAUUUGAUGGGAUUUGCGAAUCCUUCCCAAAUUGAUACUGGCCUACAUAUGAGGCAGCGAAGUCGUGCGUUCAUCAUCGCGGAUACAGUAAAUCCUUCGAAUCGUGUGGUGUUCAUUAACUCGGAUAUUUGCAUGGGAGACACUGCUGCCCGUACUGAGAUUGUCCUGCAAUUGACUUUAAUCUAUGUCUAUUGCGUACCUGAAACCGCUUUCCACUGCAGAGAAAAGCUUUAUCCUGGGGUCUAUGACAACUCCAACAUUGCACUUGUGGGAACUCAUCAGCAUUCUGGGGUUGCGGGAUACCAUAAUUAUCUGCUCCCCCAAAUCACAUCAAAGGGGUUUAUACGGAAAUCUUACGAAGCUAUCGUAAAUGGCUCCGUGAAAGCCGUGAUCCAAGCUCAUAAUAGCCUCAAGCUGGGAACCCUUAGCCUUGGCAACACGACACUUCUUGACAGCAAUGUUAACCGCUCUCCCUACGCGUACUUAGCGAAUCCUGUAUCUGAACGUGCCAGAUAUCGAUACGACCAAGACAAAGACUUCACAUUGCUCAAGUUCACGGAUUCAGCGACUGGCUCCUCGCGCGGAUUUCUCUCGUUCUUUGCGGUCCAUGGAACAAGCAUAUAUCCGAAUAAUACUUUUGUCAGUACGGAUAAUAAGGGCAUGGCUGCUUAUCUUUAUGAAUCAUAUGUAAACCCGAAUGCCUUUCCGGGGCUGAACAACAGCUUCGUGGCUGGUUUCGCCCAAUCUAACGUAGGAGACACAAGCCCAAACACCCUUGGAGUCUACUGUGAGAGUCCAGGCCAACCCUGGGAUGGUCAGCCCUGCGAGUUCACAAAGUCUACGUGUGGCAAUAGUACCCAAGAUUGUCACGGUCGCGGUCCAGGGUUCCGAAUCUCCGACUUUGAAUCUAACAAGAUAAUUGGGACAAACCAAUUUAAGGCUGCGAAAACUCUUAUGGGAGGUUCAACGCUUGCACCUGUUUCGGGUGCUGUGAAGGCGCUACAUACAUACGUCCGAAUAAGCAAUUAUUCGUUCACGCUUGCCAAUGGUACGAAAGUGCAUACCUGCCCUGCUGCUAUGGGAUAUUCGUUUGCGGCUGGAACGACGGAUGGGCCUGGAGCGUUUGAUUUCACUCAAGGGAAUAAUGCUACGCAGAAACAGAAUCCGUUUUGGGAGCUUGUUAAAGGUGCUGUUACACCGGCUCCAAAUCCGGAGCAGAUUGAGUGCCAGCAUCCGAAGCCCAUUCUGCUGAAUACAGGUUACGCACACACUCCAUAUGAGUGGACUCCCUCCAUCAUCGAUAUUCAGCUCUUCCAAGUCGGACAAUUGGUCAUGCUUAUUGUACCCAGUGAAUUCACCACAAUGGCUGGCCGGCGAAUCCGCGAGGCAGUACGCGCGAAGCUCAUCUCAUCUGGAACCCUCGAUAAUUCCGCAUACGUUGUUAUUGCCGGCCCUAGUAACGUGUAUUCUCAUUAUGUCACCACACUGGAGGAGUACGGCAUUCAACGAUAUGAAGGUGCCUCGACGAUAUAUGGACAAUUCACAUUGGAAGCCUACAUAGAUAUUUACACUCAUCUCGUUCAGUACCUUAAACCAGGGAGCACCGCAACACCCAGCUCUGGACCUACUCCUCCUGAUCAAAUCAACGAGUCCAUUUCUCUUCAGGGAAGCUUCCCAGAUGUUAUUUAUGAUACACCUGGUAUCAGGCGUUUCGGGGACGUAUUAACUGAUGUCAGUACUUCAAUAUCGUACACGGCUGGUCAGACGGUCUUUGCGGUGUUUCAAGGUGCAAACCCUAGGAACAACUUGAGGCUGGAAGAAACGUUUCUUACUGUUGACAUGCUAGUCGGAUCAACGUGGGUACCAGUCCGAACGGACUCUCAUCCUUCCACAACUUUGAGUUGGAAGCGUACCAGUACGAUUUUGGCAACAUCCACUACCAACAUCACCUGGACCAUCGAGAAUGGGACACCUGCGGGAACCUACCGUUUGACUUACUACGGAGAUUCUAAGUCUGUUGUGGGAAUAAAGGCAUUCGUUGGCUAUUCGUCCUCCUUCACCAUCUCAGCUUAA